AUGGUUGAUGAAACAGCCAGAAAAGCCUCAGGACAUGAGGCUAAAGCAAUAUUCGAAACAAUGCUUAUGAGCGAUCUGCAUUUGGAAUUCAACAAUGUAAUCAUUCCGGAGUUUUCAGUUGUAGCACCAAUCUUGAUACUUGCUGGAGACAUUGGAAGUCCGAAUGUACCAUCUUUACAAACAUUCUUACUUGCUCAAUGCAAACGAUUCGAACAUAUCUUCUAUGUGGCGGGAAAUCAUAGUUUCUAUGGGGGAAUAUAUGAAGAUCGUCUUCAACAGCUUCAAGAACUCGACAAUCUUGAUCCUCGUAUUCACUUCUUACAAAACAAAAGCUAUCUUCUUCCUAAUAAUGUACGUAUACUCGGUACUACACUCUGGUCUCAUGUUCCUCGAGAAACCGCUGGAAAAAUCGGUCGAUGUCUCAACGAUUAUAGACUAAUUUGGACCAGAGCUGAAGAGACGGAUGGAGACAACAAAAGCAAAAAACCGCGUCGAAUCACAGUGGAUGAUACCAACAAGUGGCACGCUCAACAACAUGCCUGGUUAUUACAAGAGAUUCAAAAAGCGCGCGAGAAUCAAGAACAUGUAGUCAUUAUCACUCAUCAUGCACCUUCUCGUCGUGACACUAAUUCAAUAGAUGAUGAAGAAGCUGGUGUUGGUGAUGCAUUCGUCAAUGAUCAUGAUGCAGAUUGUGUGGAUCCUGUUCGUUUAUGGAUGUAUGGACAUACACAUCGAUCGACUGAUCUGACUGUGAACUCUACGAAAGUAGUGAGCAAUCAACUUGGAUACACUAAUGAGAAUUGUGGAUUUCGGCCAAAUAUGAAGAUUACUUUGUAUGAUGAUGGGACUGUUACUGUAAUAGAUUCUGUUCCUUCGGAAUCUUGA